ACUCCACUGCGGACAGGACAGAGCUCGGGCUGCUUGCUCUGCGCUCCCCAGAUCCCUGUCUUCCAUUGUGUUCCCCCCUCUUCUGGCAGGUGAGCUCUCCACCUUGUAGUCUCCUUGGGUGACCCAGUGGGCAUCGAAAGUCACCAUGUUCAGCUGGCUGAAGAAGGGCGGGGCCCGGGGCCAGCGACCUGAGGCCAUCCGCACCGUGACCUCAUCCCUCAAGGAGCUGUAUCGCACGAAACUUCUUCCCCUGGAGGAACACUACCGUUUUGGGUCUUUCCAUUCACCGGCCCUUGAAGAUGCUGACUUCGACGGCAAACCCAUGGUGCUGGUGGCCGGCCAGUAUAGCACCGGCAAAACCAGCUUCAUCCAGUACCUUCUGGAGCAGGAAGUCCCUGGCUCCCGCGUGGGUCCCGAGCCCACCACCGACUGCUUCGUGGCUGUCAUGCAUGGCGAGACAGAGGGCACCGUGCCCGGAAAUGCUCUCGUUGUGGACCCAGAGAAGCCCUUCCGCAAACUCAACCCUUUUGGAAACACUUUUCUCAACAGGUUUAUGUGCGCCCAACUCCCCAACCAGGUCCUGGAGAGCAUCAGCAUCAUCGACACGCCUGGCAUCCUAUCAGGUGCAAAACAGAGAGUGAGCCGUGGCUACGACUUCCCAGCUGUCCUGCGCUGGUUUGCUGAACGCGUGGACCUCAUCAUCUUGCUCUUUGAUGCCCACAAGCUGGAGAUUUCCGAUGAAUUCUCGGAGGCCAUCGGUGCCUUGCGUGGCCACGAGGAUAAGAUCCGCGUGGUACUCAACAAGGCAGACAUGGUGGAGACACAGCAGCUGAUGCGCGUCUACGGGGCGCUCAUGUGGGCGCUGGGCAAGGUGGUGGGCACGCCUGAGGUCCUUCGCGUCUACAUUGGCUCCUUCUGGUCCCAGCCGCUCCUUGUGCCGGACAACCGGCGUCUUUUCGAGCUGGAGGAACAGGACCUCUUCCGUGAUAUCCAAGGCCUACCGCGCCAUGCGGCGCUGCGCAAGCUCAACGACCUAGUGAAACGGGCGCGGCUGGUGCGGGUACACGCUUACAUCAUCAGCUACCUGAAGAAAGAGAUGCCCACGGUGUUCGGGAAGGAAAACAAGAAGAAGCAGCUGAUCCUGAAGCUGCCUGUCAUCUUUGCGAAGAUCCAGCUGGAGCACCACAUCUCCCCUGGAGACUUUCCUGACUGCCAGAAGAUGCAGGAGCUGUUGAUGGCACAUGACUUCACCAAGUUCCACUCGCUAAAGCCGAAGCUGCUGGAGGCGCUAGAUGACAUGCUGGCCCAAGACAUUGCCAAGCUUAUGCCGCUGCUUCGGCAGGAGGAGCUGGAGAGUGUCGAGGCUGGAGUGCAGGGCGGUGCGUUUGAGGGCACCCGCAUGGGCCCCUUCGUGGAGCGGGGCCCUGAUGAAGCAAUAGAGGAUGGUGAGGAGGGCUCAGAAGAUGAUGCCGAAUGGGUGGUGACCAAGGACAAGUCCAAAUACGAUGAAAUCUUCUACAACUUAGCUCCUGCUGAUGGCAAGCUGAGUGGCUCUAAGGCCAAAACCUGGAUGGUGGGCACAAAGCUACCCAACUCUGUGCUGGGGAGAAUCUGGAAGCUGAGCGAUGUCGACCGAGACGGCAUGCUGGAUGAUGAGGAGUUUGCCUUGGCCAGCCACCUCAUUGAGGCUAAGCUCGAAGGCCAUGGUCUACCCACCAACCUACCCCGCCGCCUGGUGCCGCCUUCUAAGCGACGACAGAAGGGCUCUGCUGAAUGAGACAGCAGCGACUGCUGGCUCAUCCUCCCUCUUUGCCCUGCUGUGGCUCCUCCCCAGCUCCAGUUGGCUACACGGCUACACGCGGAUCCCUGCUCUGGCCCACUCACCCUGCCUGCCUACCCUGCCUGGCUAUAAGGACUUGAGCGGGGAGAUUCUCUCCCACACCAGACAUUCAGUGAAAGCACUUAUAGAGGACCAGGGGGGAGUGACAAGCCUUCUCUGUCAGUCCUUCACACCUGCACCUUCACAUACACGGAGCUUAUCACAGAAACAUACACAGACAUCCAUCCAUCAUUCAUAUAAAGACCUGUUUUUUUCCUUUUAUUUUUUGAAAGAGUCUCACAUAACCUAGGCUACCCUUGAACUUCUUAUGUAGCUGAGGAUGACCUUGAACUCUUCAUCUUCCUGGCUCCACUUCUGCGUGCUGGAGUUGCAGGCAUGAACCACCAUGCCUGGUUUGUGCAGUCCUGGGGUAUGUACCCAGCACUUCCUGCAUACUAGGCAAGCACUCUAGCAACUGAGCUACAUCCACAGCCCCAUCCAGAUAUUUAUUGAGCACUUACUGUAUGCUGGGCCCUGGUGGAACCGACUCUCAGGAGUGUGACAUCUACACAGUCACACAAACACUGAUACCAGCAAGACCCCCUUUUAUAGUUAAGCAGCUACUGUUACUCAGCCAUGCUAGGGCUCCCUACUCUUUUAUGUCUUCAGGUGUCAGGCUCACUGGUGGUUCAGAGCAGACACUCAGCUUCCUCGCUCCUCUCAUGAACCUCUCUUUCGCUUUCCUACCCACAAAUCCUAAAUUCUGACCACAUCCACUUCACAAAGAUUGUGCAGCAGAUAGAAAAACCGCAACUUCCUGGCUCCUUCGGGGAUGGUUUCCAUUCCCCAGAGCCCAUGGUUUCCCCAGCGUGUGGGGUUGGGAACCAAAGUAUCUGGCCCCUCUGCCCACCUUCAGGUCCUAUUUAAGUAAAGUCCCUAUCAAAGACCGAGACCAUGGGGUGGGAAUAGGAGAUGCUUUACCAAAGCCCAGGUUUUCAUGGAUAUCCUGGGGCAUUGGGAAUUCUCGGUGCUAUAGCCUCUCCUCCUCUCUACAGGGGCCUCACACACUUUAUGUCUUAGCAUCCUUAGUACCUGACCCUGGUGGGAGAAAAAAAUAAGAUGGGGCGGGGGGGGGGGCGUUGAGGACAGCUAGAAGGGGCUGAAAACCCAAGAGUGUCUCCUACGGGGCCAAUAAAGCCAAAGCUGCUGCUUGUGUCGCUGUCAGGCUAUCUUGGGGCGGGGACCCCUAAGGAAGAGGUGCCUGGGGAACCAUUCUGGCUCACAGGGGCGGUGCAGUUUGUGACUCAACUCUGCGCUGACUCAGUCUCGGGCUGGGGGCCAGUCCUGCAUAUUUUCCGAAGAAAAGUUACUCAGGGCCCUCCCCACCCUUGGGACACCCCUCCCUCCCGCUUUCCGCCUUGGGGCCUGGGAACCCAGUUCUGGGCGUGGACGAGGACCAGUGCCAGUUUGUGUACAGUUUGCCCUUAGUCUCCAAAGCACCUUCCAACGCGCACUGACACGAAUCGAAUGCACCAGAGCAGAUCCUGUAGCCCGAGACCACUGGGUCCUGGAGGAGGAGGGAUUAGUGUGAGAGUGCACAGGACACUGAUCCAGCCCACACCCGGUGCGCCCGAGACACUUUGGCCUGGAGAAUCUCCCGCCCACGCACGCCCUGCUCCGCAGCCCUGGGCGCCCUCUGGUGGAAAGGUAGUGACUCAGGCCAGGCCAUCACCUCAAUAUCCUGCCCAGGGAUGAGCUGAGUUCUACUUUGACCCCGGGGAGACAUGUUCCCUCCCCGUGCCUCCCCACCCCCUCCCCCUUUAGGAGUCCAUUUUAAUUCCAGCAUGCCAAUCUGAGCCUGGGGCGGGGGUGGGGAGCAGUGUGUGCUCAAGUCAUUAAUCCCAGAACAGAGGCAGAGGCAGGUGGUGGAUCUGUGAACUGGAGGGCAGCCUGGUCUACAGAGUGAGUUCCAGGACAGCUAGGGCUACACCGAGAAACCCUGUAUCGAAAGAUAAAGGUGUGGUGUGGCUAGGGCUGUAGUUAACAGUACUUGCCCUGCUUACACGGGGCUCAGUUUCCCACCUUUUGCAUGACCUGAAAACAAAACCCUUUGUAGAUCUCUUUGGAUGACUACCACUUUCCAGGGGCCUGGGGAUGGGGGAUGGGUGUGGAGGCAGUGAUAGUUGGCUGGCACUUGGAUGCUAGGCACCAAUAUUCUAGAUUUGGACCUUUAAAACUGAGUUCAUGCAUGCACAGGUCUGUGGAUCACAGAUGUGAUGGGGUCUGGAGAUUGAAACAGGGUCCUCUGGAAGAGCAGCCAGUGCUUUUAACAUCUCUUCAGGCCACAUACUCAGCUUUUAAUGAUAAGUUUAACCGCUGAAUAAUCUCUCCAGGCCAAUUACUCAGCCUUUUUUUUGUUAAGUUUUGGGAACUUAAAUUCAGGUCUUUAUUGUUUGCCCAGAAAGCUCUCUUACCCACUGAGCCAUUCCCCAACCCUUGUUUUUCAUUUUGAGACAGUCUCUCUACCCUAAACUCAUUCUGCUGUCCAGGGUGGCCUAUGAACUUGCCAUCCUCCUGCCUCAGUGCCUCUUGAGUAGGUAGGUAAGGUUAAAAAUGAACAGCACUACCCAGCUAUUUUUUUUUCUUUUAGAGUGUGUGUGUGUGUGUGUGUGUGUGUGUUUUAUACAGGCAAUUCCAUUGGCCUGCUUUCAGGGACCCAGCCAGUGCUUACAUCAUGACCUACGGCAGCCAGAUGUACCAGUAGAUGUAAGGACCCACCUGCCACCCCAGCUCUCUCUCUCUGAUCUCCACCACCAAUGUUCCCUCUCCUUCUCUGUCCCCUCUCUCUGCCCUCAUGAUUCUGCCCCCCAUCUGUCUGCCUGUCUAUCUGUCCACUUGUCUGCCUCUGUCCCUUCACCAAGUCCCACAGUACUCUUGCGUUCCCCCCAAUAAACCUUUACACUAGGUCUGUUUUAUGGUGUAACUUCUCAGGGGUACACCUUGGCCAGGCCCUCCAAAAAUACUCCCUUGCCACAUUAUAUUUCAUAACGGCGUGUAAGCAUAUAUGCCACCACAGCAUACCUUGUGAAGGUCAAGAACAAACAGCUUGCAGGUAUUGGCUUUUUCCAACAUAUGGGUUAUGAGGAUUAAUCUGAGGCUUGGCAGCAACAGCCUUUCUCUACUGAGGUAUCUUGGCAGCCCCACACCCAGCAUCUUCUUUAAUAAAAAGAGUUAAAGAAAA